UUAUUGCAAUUUUUGCGAAGAUGUCCCAUGAUCAUGCGUCAAUGGCACAUGGGCUGGGUACUAUUCCCACAAACUCAGGACACUUGAAUCAUAAUAUGGACUCGGUACAUCACCACCACAUGAUGGAUCAUGGGAAUAUGAACUCCCCACAUGAUGCUGUCGAUGCUACAGAUUCUUGUGCGACUACGUCUCAUAUGAUGCACAUGGCCUUCCACGGGGGCUUCUGUGAGACUGUUCUCUUCGAUGCGUGGAAAAUUUCGUCGAUUUCGGGUCUCAUUGGAUCCAUCAUUGGAAUAAUAAUCAUGUCCGCACUCUACGAAGGUCUCAAGUAUUAUAGAGAGUAUUUGUUUUGGAAAACGUAUAAUGCUUUGCAGUACAGAAGCGUUUCCAUGCCACAAGAAAAAAAUGGCAUCAAUAGUGAAAAUCGUGUUGUUCAGCCAACGAUGCUUUCUUGGAUGCAUGCCUUUCAAACCGUGCUGCAUAUAGUGCAAGUUAUUUUGUCGUAUUUCCUUAUGCUGAUCUUCAUGACGUACAAUUCGUGGCUCUGUGCUGGAGUGGUAGUAGGUGCAGCUAUUGGAUACUUCUUAUUCGGUUGGAAAAAAUCGGUUAUAGUAGACGUCACUGAACACUGCCAUUAAUUUGAGUAUAACGACUUCCCAAUGUAUUUGGGAAUUUGCCUUAUGACUUUUUUUGUAAAAUUAUCAUUUUACUAUGUAAAGAAUGAACUUAAAUAGCACAAUUUUUUGUAUAAAUAUACCCUAGUGUAACAAGGACUAAGUUAAAUUUCAUAAAAUCUAUUCCAAAAGAUGUAAAAAUCAUGUGUACAAACAAUAUAAAGCUAUUGUGUGACAAAAUUAAAAUGGAAUAACUCAAAGACUAAUAAUAUGAAAUUUAGUUGUAUCAAACUAAACACAAAUUUUUUGUUAAUUAAAAAAAGUAAUACUCUACUGUAACUAAUUAACACAAAACAGAUAUUUUCAAAAUUACAUGAUAGUCAUGUGCUUCCGUUCUCGUCGCAAAAAAAUAUGAUAUGGUAUCUUUAUAUUUCAUGUUGAAACAAGUAUUUAUAUGGAAAAUAAAAAAGCAAUUCGAAGAAAAUAAAUUUUUUAUGUCAACGGAUACUCGUGAAAUUAAAAUAUUAUUCGUUGGGUUUGCGUUGGAAAAAAAACUUAAAAUUCAACUAUAUGAAAUAGUACAGAUGCGCAAGAUAUUGAGUUAUUUACUGUGUAAAAUAAAAUUAAGCCCAUCGUGGGAGAAUAUUGUUUUAUGUUUCUUCCACCACGUUGAAACCUGUUGAUUAUAGGGUUUAAUGACUGUAUUAAACAUGUAAA